GUCGGAAGUGUUCGCAGGCGGGUCAAGGAGACGGCGGCGCUUUGGGUGGACAACUUGUCUGCAGCAGGUGUCCCCACUCCUGGUGUUUCUGAAGGGAGGGGAGCCCAGGCCUGGGUCUCCACACGCCAUGGAGAGGGCCACCCUGAUGGACACAUGCACAGAUUUCCCAGCACAGGCAUCAAGUGUUGGCCAGGCUCCUGAGCAAGGGGCUGAGAGCACAGGGUUGACGCCACGGCAGGAGGCUCCAGAAGAGAGGGAACACCACGGAGAGAGAACGCCAGGACUGUGCCAGAGGCCUCCCCAGCCACUGGGGUUUCUGGACCUUUGUGGGAAUGAAGCUGGAGAGAGGCCCAGAGAGGUCGCUCAGGGCCCAGCUGGUUAUGAGGAAACUGGGGACCAGAAUGGCCAGGAGGACAGUGUAUCCGGGUCAAACACUACCCUGAAUGCAGGCUCUGGGACAGAUGGCAGAGGCCCCUGGAAAGGGCGGCCUCACCAGUGCAGCACCUGUGACAGGAGCUUCAAAUGCUAUUCGGAUGUGGUGAAACACCAGAGCAUCCAUUCUGGGGAGAAACCCUAUGCAUGCAGUGACUGUGGGAAGGCUUUCAUCCACAGCUCACAUGUCGUCAGGCACCAGCGAAUUCACAAUGGGGAGAAGCCAUAUGUGUGCAAGGAGUGUGGGAAAGCCUUCAGCCAGAGCUUCAAUCUGAUUAGACACCAGAGGGUUCACACCGGGGAAAAGCCUUAUGACUGCGCCGAGUGUGGCAAGACCUUCAGUCAGCGGUCAGACGCUGUUAAGCACCAGAGAACCCAUAGUGGAGAGCGGCUGUACGAGUGCCGGGAGUGUGGGAAAUCCUUCAUCCAUAGUUCCAAUGUCGUUCGGCACCAGAGGACCCACCACGGGGAGAACCCGUACGAGUGUGGCGAGUGCGGCAAGGCCUUCAGCCAGAGCUCCAACCUCAUUCAGCACCAGCGCGUGCACACGGGCGAGAAGCCCUUCGCCUGCCAGGAGUGCGGGCGGGCCUUCAGCCGCAGCUCCUUCCUCAGCGAGCACCGGCGCAUCCACACCGGCGAGAAGCCGUAUGCUUGUUCCGAGUGCGGGCGCGCCUUCCGGGCCCUGUCGGGCUUCUUCCGGCACCAGAGGAUCCACACAGGCGAGAAGCCCUUCCGCUGCACCGAGUGCGGACGGGCCUUCCGGCUGAGCUUCCACCUCAUUCAGCACCAGCGGGUCCACAGCCAGGAGUGAGGGGGAGGGGCCGGGAAGGUGCGAACCCCAACAGCACCACCCACCCACGGGUGGGGUGCGUCAUUCUAGUGCUCCGCCGAGAUAACAGAGCUGUCUGGGUGCUUGAAGUUGCCUGCGUGAGCGCCUGCAGUACGUCUGUCCACGGCCCCUUCCCCAGGAGCAGCUGGAGGAGAAGGGAGUCUCGGAAGGCAGGCUUCCUACCUGGAAAAUGUCGGCUUUCCCAAAGGAGUGAGGAGAUUUGAUGGUGACACUGAAAUUGUUUCAUUUUUAUAGCACUUUUUUCUGAGUUAUAAUUUACAUAAGGUGAAAUGUACAGAUCUUAAGUGUUUGGUUUUAUGAGAUUUGACAAAUAUACCCGGUUUUGACCUUUAUAACCAGGACACUAUCAAGGUACAAACUGUGUCCCCUUCAGGUCAACACCCCCGUCCUCAGAGGCAACCCGUGACCUCAUUUCUGUUACUGUAGUUUUCCUUGUCCUAGAAUUUUGUAUUAACAGAAUGAUGAUAUAUACUCAUAUAU